GUCCCGCCCUGGGAACCGGAAGUUCACUUUAGACUCGGAGGCCACGGAGGGCUCUGCGCUCAGCCGGCUCUUCUAGAUGAGGAAAAUGAGGCACAGAAUGGUCAUGAAGCUUACCCAGCAUGCUCAACAUACCUCAUUUCCAGGAACUGUGCCUUCUUGAACCUCCUUAUCCCACAUGGCUUGACUCCUGGACCCCACUUGAUUAGCCUGCAGUAGACACCAUGUUUCUUUUUGUUUUUAACUAGAAUUCUGUUAAUGAUUAUUUUUUUAUUUUUUUAUUCACUCAUUCAUUCAUUUUAAACCCAUGUUAUUAAUUUUCACCUGUGGAUAUUUUCCUAUUGAUUCUUUAGAGAGAGUGGAAAGGAAGAGGAAGAGACAGAGGGAAGGGCUCGAGCCUGCAACCGAGGUUUCCUCAUCUGUAAGAUGGAGAGAAGCCUGUAUCCCUUAUUGUGAGGAUGGAGAGGACAUGAGUGAACGGCAGGUGGAAUUGCUCAGUAAAUAUGCAUUGCCUUCUGCUGCUACGUGGGCCUGGCGUUGAUGUGUUUGCUGCUGACUUUCUCCAGAUGGUUCGGAUUUGAGUGAGGAUUGAGAACUGCUCAUGCUGUGAAAAUGUCUGCCUGGGCCCAGCUAGCUGCCGGAGCUUCCCUUAUUGAGCAAUUGGUGUCUGAAGGGAACUUUGAGGAGCUUGGCAACCACCUGAUGGAGCUAGAGACUCUGCACGUGACCAAGGAGCAUCUCCCGCAGACAGAUGUGGUCAGGGCUGUGUACUGUGUCCUCAAAAACUGCCCCAACGUGACUUUGAAGAAGAAAGCCAAGCAUCUGCUGUCAAAAUGGAAAGUUGCGUAUCAGGAACCUUCUUUCAAACCCAGGGACAGCCCCACAUUCUUCCCUGAGGGUGGAGAGGCCAAAACUUCAGGACUUUCUUAUGGCUCACGUCCAGAUGAGACAGUGGGAGGCCCCGGUUCUGAUUCUCUGCCAUCUUCCCAAGAUGCUAUAGCAAAAGCCAUUGCAAUGAUUGUGCCUGAAAAUAGCCCUAGUGAAAUGGAACGUAAGGAAGAGCAUGGCAAGGGUGGCGACCCUCAAUCCACUGAGCAGAGAUCAAGUGAGUUGCCACAUCCCGCAGUGCCCGUGAGAACGAAAUGCACAGAGCUUCUGUAUGAAGCUUUAGCUAGCUCUUCCACAGAUGAGCCCAAAGCUGAGCUGUGGCAGAACUUUGCAAGAGAGAUUGAAGAGCAUGUGUUCACCCUGUAUCCAAAGAACCUCAAAAGAUAUAAAAGUUGUAUCAGAAGCAAAGUGGCCAAUCUGAAGAACCCCAAAAAUUCUCACUUGCAACAAGACUUGCUCUCUGGGACCAUGUCGCCAAGGGAGUUUGCCGAAAUGACCGUCAUGGACAUGGCAAGCAAGGAGUUGAAACAGCUGAGAGCUUUGUACACGGAGUCUGGCAUCCAGGAGCAUUGCCUUCCGCAAGCGAUGGAGGGCACCCAGACGGAGAAAAUCAAAUGCAGGCGCUGUGAGAAGUUCAAUUGCAAGGUCACUGUGAUUGACAGAGGAGCACUGUUCCUCCCGAGUUGGGUGCGGAAUUCAACCCCAGAUGAACAAAUGAUGACCUAUGUAAUCUGUAAUGAAUGUGGCGAACAGUGGUACCAUAGCAACUGGGUGUGCUUGUAAUUGUAAAUAAGUGCUCUGGGCCUGGCCCAUAUCCUAAAUGUAUAUAGAUUUUGCCAGGAAUUGAUAUUAGACUAAUAACUUGACGAUUAUGAAAAUCAGGAAAGAGUAAGAGGACAAACAAAAAUCACCUAAAUCUUGCCAUUCAGGAAAUCCCAGUCUAAAAUGUUGUGUAUCUAUUUUGGGCCUUUUCACGUGUGAUUAAGUAAAGUAUAUGACUUUUUAAAUAACAGCUUUAUUCAGUUGGUUGGGCAUCUUCUUGGAUUCCCUGCCAGGGCACUUGCCCGGGUUGUGGGCUCUGUCCCU